UUGAGUAGACUCUUCUUCACUAUUUUUUCUCUAUUGUCUACAUCUUCUUCACCUCCCUAAGUCCUGUUCGAUUCUAUUUUGUCUUUCUUUGAUUUUCAUAUAUUUGAGAUUUAUCUUGAGUUUAUAAGAGCUGUGGGAGAAUAUCUUCUUCAGUACGUUAGGUAUAUACAGAAAGAAACCCUAUUUUGUAAUUAUCAGCUGGUGAGAUCUGUUUUCAUCUUCUAUCUAUCCGAGCUUGACUUUUGUGUGGAUUCAAGCUUCGUAAGCUAAUGGAUCAAUUAAGUGGUAACAAAUCCAACUGUGGAUUCUCACCCGGGAGUCCUAGAUUUGGAUCUACACAAGAAGAACAAGCUGAAGACGUUGAAAAACAAGCUAAAAGCAUCGAUCUCAGGGAAGAAGAUGAUGACGAUGAUGAUGGAGCUACAAGUGCAGAUCUAGAAGAGAAGAAGCAUAUAUGUUGUGCAUGUGGCAAAAGCUUUACGUCAGGUAAGGCUUUAGGUGGUCAUAAAAGGCUUCAUAUGCUCCAAACUCGGAAAAUUUCAACGGUGAGACCAAAGAUGGUGUCUGCUGGUGAUGAGAGGGGUGAACUCGAAGUUGAUUGUUGUGUUUGUCAUAAGAAGUUUCCAUCAAUGAAGGCUUUAUAUGGACACAUGAGGUUUCAUCCAGACAGAGGAUGGAAAGGAGUUUUGCCUCCUCAUCAUCCCCUUGGUAAUUUGUCUUCUUCUACAAUCUCUACUGGUGAUGAUGACGAUGAUGAUGAUGAUGAUGAUCAUUGGGAAUUGGGAAACGUGGUUGACCUAAAGGAAUCGGUCAAAGGAUCGUGGACGACAGGGAAGAGAGCAAGAAGAAGUGCUUUGAAGAUUGAUGAGUCAGAUAUUGAUGCUAGGAAUCUACUGUUCUUAGCUACUACUGCAGAAGCUGUUGAUCUCGAUGUUGCAGGGACUUCUGAUUCUCAUUCCGGCGAAGAGAUGAUGACCAAGAAGAAGAAGAAAAGAUUGUCUCAUGAUCAUCAUCAACUUGAGGUGGUUGUUGGUGGAGCUGAUGAGGAAGGUGCUGGUGCACAUGAGAAGCACGUGUGUGUGACUUGCAACAAGUCGUUUACUUCUUAUCAAGCUUUAGGAGGUCAUAGAGCAAGUCACAACAAGGUCAAGGUUUUGGAGAAUCAUCACGCUAGGGCAAACGGUGAAGCUUUGUUACUUGGUACCGAAGCAAUGAUAGCCGGUUUGGGUAGUGCUCAAGGACCAAACACAUCAAUUAGCAGUAAUGGAGAUCAUGUUUGCAACAAAUGUCAUAAAAGUUUUCCAACAGGUCAAGCUCUUGGUGGUCACAAGAGACGCCAUUGGACUGGACCAGUUUCUAGUGAGGCUGCAACCGCUGUUCCAUCGGCUGCGACUGCUCCAGGUGGAGCAUCUUCUAGUCAGGUAACAGAGACAGUGCAAGAGGUGAAGAAAAAAAAGCUUUUGGAGUUUGACUUGAAUGAGUUGCCACCUAACGAAGAAUGACUCUUAGAAACGUAUAUAUGCAGACAAAAGACAGUGAAACUAGGGAGUAAUGAUGGUAUAAAGAGUUGUUGACAUGGUAGUUUUAGAAAAGAGAUAAAGAUGCUUUUGGUUUUUGGUUAUUAUUGAGGUUCAUGGUGUUUGGCUUUUAAUCUAAUU